AGGAGGAAUAUGAUCCUUGCAGGAUCAAGUAGAUGAACGAUCUGAUAGAUUGCAGAAUAGAAAGGCCUCGAAGCAGUGUGAAUAUAUAAGCUAAGCUGUUCAGGUUAUUCACUGUGUUGUAUUCAAUCCUAUCAGCGAGCUAUGAAAGCGUUCUUGAGUGGUUUGUGGUUGAAUGUGAACUAUUCACGUCUUCUACUUUUACUACAUACUACGGCUGCCGCUCACGACAUGUUUUUCUACUAUAACCCUACUACGGCGAGGCCUAUUACACUCGCUGAUACUACAUUGCAGGUUAUAUGCCCCACUGGUGAGAGAGACCAAACUAAAAUGCUAUGAUUCUGAAACUGCAUAACAACUAAGAUGACCCUAAGCAACUUGGAUUCUGAGCGGCCCUUCUCCCUACUCGCAGUCUAUCAUCAGGCAACGUCUGUUGGGCCUGCGGAACCUCAAGCCCGCACGUCGCCCAUGUUGUAGCCAAAGAAGAUGGCCAGAUCCCUCUAUAGUCUGAGAUGUCUUUGAUCAACUUCUCCUUGGUGUCGGCCGACAAUGGUAGAGCGUUGUGCCAUGCAGAAUUUGACCGGUCUGGUGAGCCGGGAUUUCUGUUCCUUUCUAUAGAUAUCCCAUUCUUUAUAAAUUUCGAACUACGAGAUCAAAGGAGGAGAGCAGCGGAAGAAAUACAUGGCAGGAAGGUUAACACAAAGUACGUACAAAGGGUAUCAUCCGCCAACGGAGGCUAGCGGACGGUUCUACCGAAGGCCUUUACAAGCCCACAUUUUUGAAGCAUUACCUGCUGAAUGGGAGAGUCUCCCCAGAACAACUUGGACUGUUAGAAAAUAAGAAGUGGCAUAGCGCCCCCAUGGCAAGUCUGCGGCGAGCCAUUUCAGCGCUAGGCAGUGGACGCGUUUGUACUCUUGACGAAACUAUAGUGGAUUGUUUACAAAGGCUACGGGACCUCUAUUUUCGAGCACAGCCAUUGAGACCCGGUAUCAUAAACACCCCUUUGAAUGACCGCAUUAUACUACCCACCAAGUCUGCGAGCGGUAUGCUAGCAUCCUUGCCGGCAGUGAGAUAGGGUGGGGAUAACUAAGAGUAAAGGUGGAGCCGCGCACGGAUGUUUGGAUCGUGACUACGGCUGAAGUUCUCGGCAUGAACAAUCCUAUGG